AUGACCGAGCAGCCCACGCCUCCUGAAAAGAAGCUGCCCCCACUCCUCGCUCUCCCUCUUCCGCUCAAACAGCGGGUCUUUGCCUACCUAGACGAGCCUCACAAUCUCUCUCUCUUCCUCCUACGCCGAACCCACCCUAUACUGCGCAGGUCGAUACCUCGUGGCUACUCUUCGACCCGACAGACCAAGAAGUGCCAACUCUGGACCGCUGAACGCGAGCACCCCUAUCUCUUUCCGUUCCGAUCCUACCCGUGCUACUGCUGCUUGGAGGUUUAUCCGGGCAGGUGCUUCGCACGCAGGUUUAGAUACGAAGUGGAGUUGGAACGUCGCUGCAGAUUCUGCACACGGGUUUGGGACCGUCGCGUUCUGUCUUCAGACCAUCACGAUGACGUCCAAUCCCGCGCCCGUAUCUGA